GUUACACCUUCCUCCUCUUCAUAUAGCUCUCAUCAUCCAAAAUUUUCAUUAUCCAAUAUGGCCGAACAAAGGGGAAACACACGUCCAGUGGCCGGACAAGAGGGAGAUCAAAGUGAAGAUACUCAAGAUAAAAGGAGAUGGACGGAUGAGGAAGAUGUUCAAUUGUGCAAGUCUUGGAAAGUUGUAAGCCAAUGUCCGGCUGUGGGCACAAAUCAGAAAAAAAAUGACUUAUGGAUGCGCGUGAAGCGACAUUUUGACGCAAAUUGGCCGCAGAGCCGAUCAACCCAAUCUUUGCAGGGAAGGUGGAAAAUUUUGAAGGUUGAACUCUUUGAGUGGCAUUGUGCAUUAAGGCAAGCGAAAAAUUGGUACAAGAGCGGUUCGAAUGCGGUUGAUGAGCAAGAUGAAGCACAGAAAUUGUGGCAUAACGGGAUGAAGAAAAAAGGGAAGACCAAAAGACACCUGUUUCAGAGUUUUGAUAGUUACGCUGUUGUGGAGGGCUUUGCACAAUUUAAAGACAUCCCUAGCCAUACAUCCGGAGGAACAUCAAAUGUAGGAAGUCAACAUACGCACACACAACCAAUUGCUGAAAAUUCCCCCAUCAACUUGGACAUGGAUGUAGAUGAGGUAAUUGCAGGUGAAACUGCAGAUCCUAAUGUGAGGCCUCAAGGAAGGAAGGCUGCUAAGGAAGCAAUCCGGAAAGCCAAGAAGGCAGCGAAAGAAGGAAGUCCUUACUCAAGCAGUCUCGAGAGUAUAGCGAACAACCAAAUAGAGGCAACGAAGGGCAAGAAAAAACUCGAUGACGAAUUCGCUCGAAGUCUCCAAGAGGAAGAUAAAAGAGCAUGUAUCCUCUUGCAAAUCGAAAUGCGAAAAGAGCAACUCCUAUUUCAAGAAAGGCAAGAUCAAAUUAAAGAGAUGGAAGAGCGUAUUAAAGAGAGGGAAGAGCGUAUUAUGGAGAUUGAUACAAGUAAAAUGACACCAAAUAAAAAGCGUUAUUGGUUCAUUCCAUUGGCUAGUUUGGAAAUACCCCAAUUGAGGUCUUAA